UCAGCACUCUCCCGCCAAAAUGAGAGAAAACCAAACACCACUCAAGGAUCAAGCGCGACCUUCAAAGCUCGCGAAUCGCGUAUCCAAGAAGAAUAUUCCAAAGAAGAGCUUAAACACUGUUUUUUCCUCAGUUUCCGAAGAUGUAACAGUGGACACUUCAAACAAUUCUCUGGAUUCUACUCCAGUUUCUGAGAUUUCCGAGGUCAAUGAUGAUGGAGACAUCACCGCGAGUCUGAUGCUGGUGCCAGAUCAAGCUCUCUCAGCUUCAUCAGAGACUUCCUUCUCCUCUGAUCUCAUUCCGUCUCCACAGGCCAGUGUUGAUAAGGACGAACCAGACCAUGUCUCUCUGAGUAUUGGAAAAUCAAGCGAAUACGUUGCCUCAAACUUUGGUUCUGUGGAGGCUGAGAUUGUAGCGGGCUUUCUCAGGGAAGCUCGGACUCAGGUCUCGAAUGCCGGCUUGGAUACCAAAUCUAAGAAGCUUCUGGAUGCACUGCUUGAGAUUGUCAUAGAGGACUUCCACACUUUGCCUGUAAAGAGGGACCGGGCUGCAGAGCUUCUGUCAGCAAAAACUUACAUAGUGAUAGUAUGUUUCUUGCUCUGGAUCAUUGCAUUAGGUGUAUUGAUGUUCAGCUCUGGAGGCCGAAGCAAUUUUCGUGGACCUCUGCCUACUUGAGCUCAUAUGUAGAUGUGCAUUAAUUAUCUGAUCAAGCUUGAGCGCUCAGUAAAGCCUGAAAAUUCGGCAGUAUGACUAUGAACCAGAGGUGCCAAUCAAAUUUUGCCGACUAAAAGGGAGGAGGGAGGGAGUCUGUACCAAAAGGUAAAUGACUUGUUGUUCAUCUUGAAUUAAAGUUUAUUUUAGUGACAUAGUGAAAGGAAAGAAGGAGAGCUAGCUGUACUUAAAAGCAAAGAUUCUGGUGGGUAAACCACAAAGGAAGAAGAGUUUGUUGUUCAUUAAAGAAGUGAUUGGCAUAAUCAGGGAAACCAAGUGCCAUGGAUGAAGAGAUUCUGUGGUGCAAUCAUUGGUUCUGUUCUUCAAUCUUCCCAUAGAACCCCCAAAAAAAAAAAAAAAA